AUGCAAAGCAACUUCCAAUUCGAGUCCAGGCUACUCGAAGUGUCCAACGCAACUGACCUGACCACCACCGUGUACUACCUGGUCAACCAGACCGACUGGGGACCCAAAAGGGACCCCCUGUACAUCGUGGUGCCCAUGAGCGUGGUCUACGUCGCCAUUUUCGUCUGCGGAGUGUUGGGCAACGUGAGCACCUUCGUCGUGAUAGCCCGGAAUAAGUCGAUGCACACUGCCACCAACUACUAUCUGUUCAGUCUGGCGAUGUCGGAUCUGUUGCUGCUCACUUCCGGUUUGCCGCCAGAAAUCUAUUCCAUCUGGUCGAAAACUCUGUUGUUUCAGGGCUUUGCCGCUGAAACUUCAGCCAACGCGACUGUCCUCACCAUCACAGCUUUCACGAUCGAGAGAUACGUCGCCAUUUGUCACCCCUUUCUGUCCCACACUCUGUCCAAGUUAAGCCGAGCUGUCAAAUACAUAAUAGCCAUAUGGGUAAUCGCCAUGUGUCUGGCGAUACCCCAAGCCAUGGCUUUCGGCGUAGUUUGUGAGGAAUCUCUGGACGGAUACGUGUUAGACGAUCACUGCGUGUGCAACGUCAAGAGGUCGGUGAUUCCCCACGCCUUCGAAAUAUCCACAUUCGUGUUCUUCGUUGCUCCGAUGUCGCUGAUCACGGUGCUCUACGUCCUGAUUGGUCUGCAGCUGCACAGGUCCACGGUGGGACCAUCUCGAGGUAGCAGCGUCAAAAUGAAGCAUCGAGUGUACAAGCCGGUCGUCACCUAUGCUAAUCCUUCCACGCAAGUCCUGAUGAUGAACGGCGAGCAGGAAACGUUGCGGGGCAGCGUCAAGAGCCAGGAGGAGGACGGGCGAAAGAAUUUCGCCAAGAAUGCCCAAGCUACCAAACAUGUGGUCAAGAUGCUGGCUCCCCCUUCUUUAUACAGAGAGAGAACUAGUCCUUGA